AGAAAAAAGCCCAAAUAUAAACGCGGGCCCCACACUCGUUUUCUCUGAAACUUUCCCUCUCGCAUCUCAACACCUUUCUUCCGCCGGAAUCACAACCGUUCAUUCUUUCUUCGCCGUUCAUCUUGCCGCAGACCGAAGAAAGAAUAAAGAUGGUGUGGUAAGAAAGAGAGAGAGAGAGAGAGGAAUGUCGCCGUCGCCGGCGAAGACGCAGCAAGUACUGGAGAUCAACUUGAUCUCCGCGCAAGGCCUGAAGCCGCCUUCGUCUCCCCGGCGAAGCCUCCAAACCUACGCCGUCACGUGGAUCGACCCCGCAACCAAGCUCCGGACGCGAGUCGACAAGCUCGGCGGCCACAACCCUACCUGGUACGACAAGUUCCUCUUCAAGGUCACGCCGGAGUUUCUCGCCAGCGACACCUCCGGCGUCUGCGUGGCCAUCUACGCCGUCGGCACCUUCCGCGACCACCUCGUCGGCACCGUGAGGUUCCUCAUCAGCAACAUGCUCUCCUCCGCCGACCUCGCGGUGCCGUGCUUAAGCGCCUUCCAGAUCCGGCGGCCGUCCGGGAGGUUCCUCGGCGUGAUGAACAUCGGCGCCAUGGUGAUGGACGGGUCCGGGUUCCCGGCGCUGGAGAAGAUCUCAGCGAUCGGGUACCGCGACCUCAUGGGAGAGAAGAUACAGCAGCUGCGGAAAAAGACGGCGAAGGAGGAGGAAGUGGUGUGGAGUGAAUCUUGCACGGAGGAGGGGGAGGGAGAGGGAGAGUCGUCGUCUUCUUCGUGUUCGCCCAAAACGACGGCGUUGAAGGAUUGGAACGGAGUGAGGGAAUUGGCGGGAAAUAAAGAGUUGACGAUUUCGGCUUCAGGAUUCUUGUGCUGUUUGGUAACGCAGAGGAGUAUUCGCCAACAACUCAGCCCAACCAACCCCACUGUACAAAGGUAGAUAGAUACGUCCCAACUACUAUCAUGGACGGUCCAGAUUCUUUUUCCAAUCCAACGGUAGUGAUCGCUCUUCACUGAUGUAUAGUUUUAAGCAUUUAGUUGGUGGCAUUCCAUUCCAACUUACGAGGAAAAGCCAAUGCUUUAGCGCUUGUUAAUUUGAUUUUUGUUUUCCCCCCUCGUAAAAUGGUAAAUAUGAGCACAGCACAAUUGUCAUCUCAAUUACAAAAAUA